AUGUUAUUUGUUUACGGUUCUAUUGAUUUUAUAGACUCAUAUCCUUAAUUGGCGUCGUAUUAGGUUAAAACGCAUUUUGCCAAAAUUCUGAGUACAAUUUUGGCAACAAAAUUGAAUAAUCAGACAAGUAAAUGGGUGUAUUUUGUGAUGGAGGUGUGUGUAUCAAUUUGAAAUUUUGUUUGAAACAGAUGUUACCACAUUCAAUCUCAAAUCAGUGCAAUUCUGGUAAACACAUUUUUCGUUCUCUUAUAGCUCUACAUGUUUGAUUAGGACGAGUGCAGUUUCUCAUCAAGAUGUCAGCUGUUCUGAUUACCAUAUAAGGACUGAAAAAAACAACUGUGAAAUAAACUUUUGUCUGGUUUCUUUAAUCGUGAACACCGAUCGAGUCACAGCUAUUAUGCUAUAGAAUGCUGCGUUUACAAAGGCAGCCCCCCCCCCCACCCCACAGACACACACACAGUCUUUUGACAAAUCACAUCAGUUUCUUUCAGAUCUGAUUGGUCAAUAGACCAAUUAGUGAAGAAAAAAACAGCAUCUGGCUCCCUGUGUAAACGCCAGAAGGAAAACUGAACACAUUGGGCUACCUUGGACCUGACUACUGUGCCUCAACUCAUUGUACACACUGACAGACUUCCAAGACCAAUCUAAUGGGUGCUACCACUUUUUGCAGAAGCGUGAGGUAGCUAGUAUUGCUGUUACCUGUCCGCAAGGCUUAGAUAUCAGGGUGAGCUGUUAAUGUUCAGUCACUUUCGUAAGUUCUUAGUUACGUUUAUACAAUGAGAUGGCAAAUUAACACAAUUUCAAGGUGAAAAUGAACGCAAGUAUGCCGUGGGUAGCUUUCUUACACCCAUGUGCUCAUUGCCUUGGCCUGAAUUUCCACAGGCAAGUACUUGGUGUUCUCAUAUUCGUCUAUAUGUGCGACUUGGGCUUCUCGCGAUAGCUUUUUUUGCCAUCCAACAUGGCGUCGUAGGGAUGCUGUAUUGUUUUACAUGUACCUAGCUAUGUGACAAGUGGAUUCCUCUCGAUUUAUUACAACUAAAAAACGAACUACACCAAAUUGUCAGUCUCGAUUCUGCGGGUAUGAGAGGUCUAGGAAGACUAUGCUGAGAUCCACCGGUUUCUUCCGUGGAAUUGACUGCCCGUUUUACACGGAUAGCUGCAAUGGGAUAAGCGGCAAAUAUGGGUGCAACAGACCAUACUGCCACUUCAGACACAGCAAACAUAGACGUGCGUCUUAUGGCUCAAAUGACACUAGAACAUCAAAAGAACUUUACUCCAAACAAAAGGAGCAAGGUGGCUAUGACCCAUUCAACCCAGAGGUAGUAAGACCAGAGGAGCAACAGAAUGGGGAGCCUGCUGCUGCAACAGUGGACAUGGGUGCCCUCGAGCUUGAGUUGGUCAAUCGUGCCAUCGAGGCGGUACGCAGUGAGGUGGAGCGGGAAAAGAAGAAGCUCUCCCAAAUCGGGGACCUGGAAUAUGACCCUUCUGCCAGUUCUCCUAAAGUGUUGCUGAAACCACUCUCACAAACUGGAGACCAGAAAUAUGACCCUACUGCCAGUUCCCCCAAGCUGGUGCCAAAACCACCAUCACGAUUUGGGGACCAGGAAUAUGAUCCUACUGCCAGUUCCCCCAAAGUGAUGGCUAACUGGCCAAAACCACAAGCCGUGGCAUCCCACUUGGCGUAUGACCCAGGCAGUUAUCAGAUGACUACAACAGCUGAUUAUAAUCCCACCCCUCGCUCCAGUAAGUACACCUUGGACUCUGACAGCAAGGACAACCAUGCCAGCUCCAUGGAAUAUGUGCCCACCUCGGUUACCAAAACAGCUUUGAAGAAGCCUGCUCCUCGAACACGAUCUCCUCAUCUACCCUCUCCCCCUACUAGUCCUAAGUACUCCAAUAAUGCGGCCUUCUCCAAGAACAAGUACACAGUGGAUAAUUCUAAACCAUCCACAGACAUGGAAUAUGACCCUCUCUCCAACUAUUCAGCUAAAAUUGCUGUCAAGGAUAAGAAAGACCAGAGGACAGGUGCUUCUAAGGGAGAAGUGAAAAAAAGACCUCACCUGUCAGGGACAGAAAAGCUGUCAACGGAUGAGGAAUAUGUGCCAACCACUAAGAAGCCUCGACAGGUGAUACCAGACCCACUGAAGUACACUGUCAGUUUCUCUGAGUCUGAUGAGGAGAGCUCUGGGACAGAGUAUCGACCCACCUCUCUCAGCCGUCUGCAGAGGAGGAAGAGUAGCAGUGGGUCAGUGGAGGAAACCUCUGGUCCAGGGAAAGGAGAGAGGACUGAAAGAACUCUAGGUGGGCUGAAACAACAGAGGAGUCGGGAGGCUAAAGAGCAGGAAGACUCGGAGAACCAGCAAGUAGCAAGGCAAAAAGUCAAACCAGAAACUGAAAAAGUGCCAGGUAAAACCAGCCACACGAAGAUCAUCAAAGUAGAGAAGGUGCAUAAAUCUGAAAAGGAGUCCAGUAAAAAGAGUGGUAGUAGUAAAGAAAAAGGAGCAGGGGACGGUAAGAAAAUAAGUGAUUCAAAGACAUCAAGCCACGAAACUGCAAAGAAGGACAGCAAGAAUCAGGGAAAGAAAGAAGAGGAGAAAAGCAAGAUAAAGGAUAAAUCCAUAGACAAAGGCAAGGAGGGACAGGAAGAAAAGAGAAGUGAUGGAAAGAGUAAGCUAAGGACAGACAAAGUAAAAGGGGCGUCAAGCAAGAGUGAGAGAGAAAAGGGGGGUGGGGAUAGUAAAAAACUGAAGACUUCAGACAAGGAAAAGGACUCUUCAAAGUUUAAAGAACACAAGAAUGGUAAACAUGACAGCAGUGGAAGAGAAAGGGGCUUCAAUAAAGUUAGCAAAGGGAGUUCUAACAGCAGUAAAGACAAGGUGAAGAAAAACAGCAGAAGCUUCUUGGAUGGCAAAACAGGAAAGGUGAAACAAAGAUCUCUGAGUCACGUAGAUCUGUUUGGGGAUGAGAGUGCAGAGGAGAAACGCGAGGAGGAUGACGAGGAGGAAAAAAUUGUGAGGAAGUCAGCUGCUGCUUUCAAGAGGGGGCAUUUGAAUAAGAGGAAUGCCUCAGAGCUCACCCCCUCAUCCUCAGAGGAUGAUGACGUUGGUCCAGAGGAUGACAGAGGCUAUGAUGACAUGGAUGGUGGUGGGGUGGACUACUCCGGUCUGCAGAUGGACAUGGACUUUGACCUGGAUGAAGACCCAAUGGAGGAGUGCUUACGGAUCUUCAAUGAAUCCAAGGAUGUGAAGACAGAGGACAAGGGAAGGCAAGCCAAGCCCUCUAAAGAUUCUGAUGAUGAGGAUGCCACAGACAGCAAUCAAACUACUCUCUUUCCUGGGCAGAAGAAGAGGGUUUCACAUUUCUCCGCCAAAGGAAGUACUGAGGCAACACCAAAGCCUCCAUCGUACAGGAGACUGACUGCCCAGGAGAUCUGUUACCAGCGCAUGCAGAUUGCCCAGCAGCAGGCCUCUCAGCUUGCAGCAGCCGUGAAGACUGCCUCUACACCCAGACCCAGGCCAAGCCUCAGCCCCUUCCCUGGGGAGAGGAAGAGAGUAGCCCACCGCCCCACCCCCUUACCAUCCUCCUCCAAGUCUGGUGUUGUCGAGGCAAAGCUAGCAGGCAGCAGAGUGUUGUCGCCCACCAGGACUCUCCCAGGUGGUGUCUCUGUGAAGGCCCAGACAUCAGCCGGCAUCUUGUCAAAGACCACCACCACUAUUGCACAGAAGAGGGUGGCACACACUCCCACAAUGAAGAGCUCUGCAAUGAAGCGCCCAGUGAUUCCCACUGAGUUUGGAGCCAAAGUGCCCACCAACGUCCGCCAGCGAUACCUCAACAACUUUAUAGAUGAGUGUAUGAAGUUCUGCCCCUCUGAAGACUUGGCCUUCCAAAUGGCCCUGGAGGAAGAGAAGGUGGUGUAUGACCGGAGCAGCAGUAAGAACAUCUACCUCAACGUGGCAGUCAACACACUGAAGAAGCUACGCAGCAAGAGCAGCUCCCCCACCUCACCCGUUGCCAGGAGCCCUGCAGUGGUGGGGAACAGGAAGGCCCAGUCCCAUGAGGAAGUGCUGGGGGGACGCCUCGCUGCCAAGACCAGCUUCACCAUCAACAGGACUGGCAAGCAACAGGAGGAGAAACUCAGUGGUGUCAGGCUGUACAGGAAGCUGAGGGACUAUCUGAUGACGGAGGAGCAGCUGCAGGAGCAUGGAUACCCCAGGCCACACCCUGAGCGCUCAGGUCGAGCCGUGGUCCACAACGUCCCGGAAAAGAAGAAUGUUGACCCUUUUGCCAAGGUGUGCUGUCGAUGUGGGGCCGAGUAUAAGAUCAACGCCAACGGCAACUGUGUUCGCAAGGAGGAGUGUAAUCAUCACUGGGGCCGUCUGCGCAGACAUAAAGUGUCGGGAGGCUGGGAGACCAACUACAGCUGCUGCUCAGGGACUGUGGGCUCUCCUGGCUGCUCUGUGUCUAAGCAACACGUUCAGGACGGACGCAAAGAAUCAUUGGACGGCUAUGUUCAGACCUUUGAGAAACAGCUGCCCCCAGACGGCAACGGUGGAGUCUACGCCCUGGACUGUGAGAUGUGUUACACAAAGCAAGGUCUGGAGCUGACCAGGGUGACUGUUAUCAACUCUGAGCUGAAAGUCAUCUAUGACACAUUUGUCAAACCCGAAAGCAAAGUGGUUGACUACAACACACGGUUUUCGGGUGUAACAGAGGAGGACCUGGAGAAUGCGACCAUCACCCUGAGAGACGUGCAGGCUGUGAUCCUCAACAUGUUCAGCACUGAGUCCAUCCUCAUAGGACACAGCCUGGAGAGUGACCUCUUUGCCCUCAAGGUCAUACACAGCACUGUAGUGGACACAGCCAUUGUGUUCCCCCAUCGCCUGGGCUUGCCAUACAAGAGGGCCCUGAGGAACCUCAUGGCAGACCACCUCAAACGCAUCAUACAGGACAGCGUUGAAGGUCAUGACUCCAGUGAGGACGCCUGCGCCUGCAUGGAGCUCAUGAUAUGGAAGAUCCGAGAAGACGCCAAGGUGAAGAGAUGACUUCUGCUCCCCUCUAACCAGACCGCUGUAGAGAGACAGACAGGGAGGGGGAGAGAAGGGGAGCUGAGGGCCCUGGAGAGAACUGUCUGUCGGAGAGGCCAACAGCACAGCACUUGAGUUAUACUGUGGUGGGACCUUGGCAGUGACAGGGAGCAAGAUGCUGAGAAUGGGCUCCUCUAAAGAGAUCUACAGGGAUGGCCAUGUCACUGUGUUGCCUGGUCAGGUAGGCCAUAGUGGACAGGUGCUGCUGGAGUACAUUGUUGGAGUGCCAGCAGAGCCAGAGCCCUCGAUAGAGUGAGUUGGUAAAAGGCAGAAAUCAACAGUGUUUUCAUUUACUGUUCCUGUUUUAUUUAGAAAAUCCAUGAUCAUGAUUGUCACCAGUUUUUGUUGGUAUGUAUUCUUCUCCUCUGGCGAUCUAACUCUGAAAGACUGGGUGGGUUCUUGUUCACAUUGUUAUUGUUAUGUGAAUAAGGAUAAAAUUCUAUUGCUGCUGAGCUGCAUCCUUGGCCCAACUUGCACUAUAGAAAUGCUCUCUUCUCCUAUUGGGCUAAAGUACCUCAUCUGUGUUGAAUGAAUACAGUACUGAAGACUUGGUACUGAAGAACUUGCUACAUCGUUGUCUAAACAUGGUUAUUCUCAGACAUGGAACGGUGCCACCACACAUGCACUUGGUGUUGGGGUUUGCACUUAGUUUGUACCACAUCUGUGCUGUUAGAUGAAAUGUGGUCGAUCUCUUAGUAUUUUGUCGGCUCUCAAACUUGAUUAAUCAUGACAGUCAGACCCCAAAACAGAAAUAUUUAUGUGUCUAAAAUUGUCCUGGUAUGGUUGAUUAGAGAUAUUGUGUUGAAUAGCUUGACCAUCAAAUCUCACUAUCUUUGUGUCCUGUGCACUGCAUGAAAGUGAACUUGGGCUAUUUUUAUAGCCACACAGAUAGAACCUAUUACUCCCAGGGUAUGUAGAAAACUAUGUCCACAUUAUGCAACAAUUAGUUAUUCAAUGCAGACAGAUAUCAAAUUGUUUAUAGCUAAAGGCUAUAAUUUUGUGUUAAACAUGGUAUAACAUAUGAGGGUAAAAACUGGUGCUGUAAAUAUGCUGUAAGUUGUUUCCUUUUGUAUUUUUUUUGUUUUGUUUAUUAUUUUCUAUUAAAAAGAUUGAAAA